AUGGCAUCAAACGGCCCAUUUUCAACACCCGCCAAGUUGUUCUUGCUUUCGCUAAUUCUAGCCAUGUUAUUCAUGACUCGUCCAAGCGAGGCUCAAACUCAAAGACAAAACCAAACCAACCUAGUGCUCUUCUUCCAGGACUACGCCUCCGGACGCAACGCCACCGUCGUCCCGGUGGUAGGAAUCACCGGAAAGACUUGGUCAUUCGUCUCAUUCGGCACGAUAUUCGCCAUCGACGAUCAAGUCACACAAACCCCGGAUAAGAGCUCAGCUCAAGUUGGCCGAGCCGAGGGAGUGCUUGUAACAUCGGCCUUGGACGGGUCUAAUGUGAGCGUCUUAAUCUCAAUAGUGUUCAACAAUUUGGAGUAUAGUGGUAGCACUUUGGAGCUUCAAGGCGUUAUACGUCAAAAUGAGAGAUAUAGAGAGGUUUCUGUGGUUUCAGGGACUGGGAGAUUUAGGUUUGCGAGAGGUUAUGCUAUCUUUGAGACUAUAUAUUAUGACAGGGCAACUUCGAACACAAUCAUUAGGUGUACCGUUACGUUAGGCUGA